GGACGGCAAAUAUAUAUGUACGCUCCGUGGACGACUUUAGAAUACUGAUAAUCGUACUGAUACUUUAUUGUCAACCAAAUACCUCGCAUCAAAGCUUCAAAAUGGAAAACAUGGACACCAUUCAAUUCCGCCAGCGGAUCAAUGAAAGACGGCUGGAUGGACAGCCGCUCAGGGACGACGAAAUCAACUUCAUCACCAACCAAAGCACAGACCUGGCCGGCUCACCGGACACAAAAUACCCCGAGCAGGUGGAAUGGGCAGCCAAAGCCGAGCAGGUUUUGAGCAAACCCGCGAAUGAAAUCACAACCGACGACGCCAAAAAUGUCACGGCGAAGGAGGCCCACGCUUUCGGCACUAUCCCAGCCCUGGGGUCCGUGGCCUCGCAUAUACAGUCGGCGGCCGAUAAAAAUAAAAAGUAGUGGAUGCAUAGCGGUGCAAGUGAUAUAGCGU